AUGGGCACACUUACGGCCGACCAGACUCGCUUGCCAGAGUACUGCGAGCACAAACUCCCAACCUCGUGCCGACUAACCUCAAUCCCGAAUUGCUGCGCGUGUGCCGAUGAACGGGCCCACUCUGCAUCCUACAGCACGUAUAUCGAUGGCAUUGGAUUUGUACCGAGAGGGAAUCGAUGGCAGCGGUACUGUUGGUUCUGUAAAGAGUUCUGGCAACGUAGAGUUGAGGUCAGCGGACUGAGGCCAGGGCAGACGAGGAUACCUGAAGUGCCAGAUCAAACGGACUUCUUAAAGAAGUGGUAUGAAUUCCACGAAGGCUACCGGACUGUUGAGAAAGAGGAUGGCAGUGAAGAGAGGGUGGCAGUGCUAGGAGAGCCUUUCAGGGAUGUCAGUCCUGGAGAUCUCCCAAGAACAGUGGAGGAAAUGAGGGAGGGGAGGCGGCGAGGGGAGGAAGUGCAGCAGUCACGACAAACGUAUACACCGCCAGAGGAGCCGAGUGGACCAUCGCUGGAUGAUACUUUGGAGCAGAUGUUUGAGGAUGCUUCACUGGAGGAAGCUGCAACACCCACGGAGCCCGCUGUCAGAGCACCUCAGCCUUCUCAAGAUCGAAACAUGCCAAUACGAAUGCCGUCGGACCACCCGCUCCGGCACAACAUCCAUGCGCAAGCUAUGAACCCUGCUGCUUCUCGCAACGCUGAGUACUCGCUUCGACGUGUCACUGCUCUAAGGCGAGAGCUCAAUCGCAUGCGCCGCGGUAUCGAACGCUUGGUGUCUGGUCUGCGAGAGUUUGGAGAAGACGUUCCUGGUUCCGUGGAGUCGGAGACGACCGAAAGCCUUCUGGCUUUGGGUGAGACUUUAGACAACAUCGCACCGCUUCCGGAGCAGGUAGGCCAACCAGUCGACAGUGGCAAUGCUGGUACACAGAGCGCUGGACAGGGUGCUGGAGGCCAAUCUCGGCCAGAUCGCACACUCACAGGUGCUCAAAGCCGAGUAGAAGAGGCCCGCGCGCAGGUUGAUGAGGCCCGUCACGCGCGUGACCACGCUGCCUCUGAGUUUGACCACGCGGAGACUGAGUUCCGUAGCUCACAGCAGCGGCUGCAGCAGUUACAGCGUGAGCAACGGACGGCAGAGAACUACAUGCGUCUGUUUGGCACUCGUGAGGAGAUCAUUGCCCAGGGUGAGAACUACGAGAGUCCAAUUGGCGGCAUGUUCACCCGGGCUGAAGAGCGCUUUCGGGCCGCUGAAGAGGCUAGAGCUGAGGAGCGGACGUUGCGAGAAGUGCUUGCUGCUGAGGCUGCAGCGGGCGGAGAGGAGGAAUCACGGCGACUAGCAGAUCUGGAGGCCAGAGAAAGGGAUUUAUGGGGUGUUCCAUGGCGGCAGGCAGCGCGGGACAAUGCUCUAGACGCACCACCACACCUGGCUCCGACGAGCGAUGAGACCAUGUUGCAGGAGUACUACGCGAUGCUGAGAUCACAGGACCGAAUACCGCAGUCAGAGACUCAGAACGACGGUAAUGCAGUGACACUGGAAGAAGCCGCCGCUGCUGGAGCCCCUACCGACAACUUCCCGCACAGUAUGCUCAACGCUAUUCGGGCCGCGAGGGUGCGAGAAGUAACCGAACGCGAGACGUCGCCGCUACUCGGUGGCGAGCCUGACGAGGGAGAUGCCGAAGAUGCGCCUCACUCCGUCUGGCCGCUUGAUGCGUGGUUUGCGAAAGAUCUUGAGUACGUUCUCGCUUGUCUAGCAGAAGAUGAAGAACUCCGGCGUGACUUAUGGACAUCACCACAAGACCUUCGGGCAGUGCUUGAUGCAAUCCGAGGUGGCGAUCUUGAUAUGGUAGACGACGCCAUCCAUAAUAUGGUGUCCGACCCCGCAAAUUUCUGGAGGUUGCGCUUACCCGCGGAGUGGUUACGACGCCGUAGGGCAAUUGCCGGAGACAGUGCUACCGUCACAGCAGAUCUCUUGUUGCGCACCGGUGGGAGGGGCUAUCCCGUGCAAGAAUGGGUAGACAAAUACAACCCCUAUCUCACCCUCGAGAUCCUCGCCCAAACGUACCAGAUGUCAGCGCAGGUGCGCAGGCGAGCAGAGCAUCUCAGCCCGCCAGAGAGGCUGCAGGUGCUGUACCGCCUCCAGGCAGGCCAACGGACCGAAGAGGACAUUGCGGUGCUGCAGAGCAUGCGUGAAAGUCCGGAGAUAUGGGAGUUGUCAAUGACUACCUACGCCUCCACACUUCCCCUCAACAAUCGCGACAGCCAAGCCGGCGAACAGCAUCCCGACCAACACAAUCUCGACACCCAACGCCGCGCCCAAGCCCGCGACGGCAACCACAGCCGCACAGAACUCGACUCUCGCCGCCGCGAAACCGCACAAGCCUUCGCCCUUGCCGCAGGACGCCAAGCCAUGCAAACUGGCUCCGACAACUUGAUCGCUCAGCAAGCCGCCCGCGACGCUACAACCACCACUACAAACGAGGAAGGCACACACGCCGCCUUCCGCCGCCUCCAAGCCAACAAUUUCAUGGGCCGUCCACCGCGCAUCUAUCGCCAACUUACACUCUCCGACUACCUGAACGAAGGAGGCGAUUCUGGGACCUCCAGCUCGGAAGAAGAAGCCGAGCCCGAAGCGCAAGGGCUCGACGCCGCGGACUCUGGCCGUCCGGAGCCGAAGGAGGAUGCCGAGUUGAAGGUGCAGAUGGAGUGCAAGCGAGCAGCAUUCCCCGGUUCUGCAGCAUGA